AUGGCGUGGGGCAGGUGCGGGGAGCUGUGGCACAGCGUGGGGUACCUGCCCAGGGAGCAGCGGGGCCUGGCCUCGAAGGCGGCAGAGCUGGAGCUGGAGCUGAACGAGCACAGCUUGGUCAUCGAGACGCUGCGGGAGGUGGAUCCCACGCGGAAGUGCUACCGCAUGGUGGGCGGCAUCUUGGUGGAGCGCACCGUCAAGGAGGUGCUGCCCGCCCUGGAGAGCAACAAGGAGCAGAUCAGCAAAAUAAUUGAGACACUGAACCAGCAGCUGCAGGCGAAGGGUCGGGAGCUGAACGAGUUUCGGGAGAAGCACAACAUUCGGCUGGGGGGCGAGGAUGACCCCAAGCAGCCCCCCAAGGAGGGGGCCGAGGGGGCUGGGGCCAAGGGCAGCUCAGCUGGCGUCUUGGUCUCCUAGCUCGCCUGCCCUCCC